CUAAAAAAUUCGAAUCGGAAAAUAAACUUGAUAUCUUCUUUAGAGAAAAGACCAGAAGCUUCUCUCUCUUCUUCUCGUUCUCGCAGAAUCGCCGAUAGGGUUUUGGUUGGGUUUGCCAUUGUUGCUCCUUCUUUGAGCUCUACAGCGCUAUGCCUCGGUAUUACUGUGACUAUUGCGAUACAUAUCUUACCCAUGAUUCUCCAUCAGUGAGGAAGCAGCAUAAUGCAGGUUACAAACAUAAGGCAAAUGUGCGAUCAUACUAUCAACAAUUUGAGGAGCAACAAACCCAAAGUUUAAUUGACCAGAGGAUCAAAGAACAUCUUGGUCAAGCUGCGGCAUUCCAACAGGUUGGUGCAGCUUAUAAUCAGCAUUUACUUGGCCAAAGACCCCGUCUUCCUGUACUACCUACUCCUGUAAUGCCGGGAGCUGCCCCGGGGUUAAUGCCUGGAAUAAGGCCUCCAGUUUUGCCUAGACCAGUUCCUGGUGCUCCAGGAUAUCUACCUGCUCCUACAAUGCCACCUAUGAUGGCCCCACCCGGAGCUCCUAUGCCUGGCCAAGUGAACAUUCCUGCUAGGCCGCCUCCUCCAGCUCCAGUUCCAGGGAGCGCACCUCAACCUUCUUCAACAAAUGGUGCACCGUUGGCUCCACCAUCAAUGUAUCAAGCAAAUCCAGCAGCACCAGGAAGCGGAGGGUAUGAGAGUUUCACCACCAUGGCUCAACCUUCUGAGCCUAACCAUUAGAGCUUGUACUUGUGCUGUUUGUGUAUGAUAUCCAAAAGCUCUUCUAAUGCAAACCGUGACUCAAUAUUUUAAAAAACCUGAAGAAAAAUUUGGAGCCUUCGAGAUUAAAUGUAGAAAAGUUAUUUCUAAGUGAGCAAAGGAAAUAAUUCUGGUGGUUGAUUCAUUGCUACUUGUUUGGAGGUAGAA